GGACAUACAAAAACGCUUAGUGUUGCUUCGGACCCUCGCUUCCUGACUUCUGGUUAUAGAUCGCCUGUCACUAAGCCACGGUGAAGGUGAAAUAAGUCCAGGGAUUUCUUUAAACGCAUUUACGUUGGCCAUCAGCUCAGCAUCAACUGCCAAGAAGGGAGGGGGGGAUUUUACUCCACCUGUUUACCGAUCAAGCCUCCACUGUCUUUUUUGUCAGGUUAAGAUCCCAGCAUAAAUGUCAGUGGAGAAGAUGGAGACAACUAGUAUGUCCAACGGAGCAGCGAAUGCUUAUGAGGAGAAAGAAAACACCCUCAGUCCUGAGGACUUAUCUGAGAUGCUGGCAGCGGGAACAAAAGAGGUUCACGAAAAGGCUGAAAACACUCAGUUUGUGAAAGAUUUUCUCAGAGGACGCAUACGCAAAGAACUCUUCAAGCUGGGUGCUGUGGCUCUUUACCACACAUACACUGCCAUGGAGGAGGAGAUUGAAAGGAACAAGGACCAUCCCCAAUUUGCUCCGCUAUACUUUCCCACCGAACUGAACCGCCAUGAAUCUCUGGCCCGUGACCUCGAGUACUUUUACGGUCCGGAGUGGAAGAGCCAGGUGAGCUGCUCGGAGGCCACGCAGCGCUACGUGGACCGCAUCCACCAGGUGGGCCGGGAGGACCCCGUGCUGCUGGUGGCCCACGCCUACACCCGUUACAUGGGGGAUCUCUCUGGAGGCCAGGUGCUGAAGAAGGUGGCGCAGAGAGCUCUGAAGCUGCCACCCACUGGAGAGGGACUGGAGUUCUACCAGUUUGAUGGCAUACAUAGUGCAAAAGCCUUUAAGCAGCUGUACCGAAGUCGGAUGAACGAGCUGGAGCUGGACGUGGACACAAAGAAGAGACUGGUGGACGAGGCUGUCAAAGCUUUUCAUUUCAACAUGGAGGUGUUUGACGAGUUGGAAGAGAUGGGCAAAACCAUCCAGGAGGAUGUUUUAGAUGCUGGCAUGCCUGUUCAUGGAGCAACGGGUGGAGAUAUCAGCAAAUGUCCCUACUAUGCUGCCCAAAUGGCGGCAUCAGGUGGAACAGCGUAUGCUUGUCAGCUGGCCAUGGCCGUUCUCAGACACCCUACAGGACAGGUCCUGGUGGCCACUUGGUUUGCCGCCUUGGCUGGAUUAGUUGCCUGGUAUCUGAUGUGAAGCAGCUCUCAGUCUGUUACUUGGUUAAUGUGAGACCAACAAGUAUUAGAGGAAGAACAGUAAGGAGGCCAUGACAUUUCCACAAACUGGUGAACGUUUUGUGCAAACAUUCACAUCAGAGCCAUGUGUUUUUAGGGUUUUUAUUUUCUCUCUAGCUGUGUAAGUCCAAUUAAAGGAUUUAUUGGACCAUUACCACCUCAUUUCCAUCCACAAAGCACAACUUAUAUUUAUCAUUUAGACAUUAUUAUCUCUCUACCUCCAGGUGCUAUCCUUCCAGUCAUCCUUCCAGUGUAUUUGGUUGCAUCCCAAUAUCUGCUGUAGCUGCUCUCUAACCAAAGCAGGCAUGUCACGGUAGUUAGGAUUUCUGGGUCAUAUGUCGUCCAAGGCUGUGAUAGCAAUUCUGAAUAAUUACAUCACUGAUGUAAAAAUGAAAGUGACACUAAAGCAAUACAAGUACGGUUAAAACAAAAUAUAGGAAAAAUUUAUUUGGGCUCUUUUAGCCAUGAUUGCACUUAGAAAAACAUGAAAAAUUUGGCUCAGGGGUUCAAUUAUAUGGUUUCUUAACAGUUAGAACGUGUGUAAGCAGGAAUUUGUGUUGUUGUAUUGCCAUGUUACAUUGUCUGUAUUUUUCAGCAAAGUCCAUAUUGUUGUUCGUCCUAAUGUGUUCGUCAUCGGUACAGCGUAAAUUCAAAAUUCAGAACAUUGAAGCUUGGCAGUAGUGCUUUGAAACAAAAAUGGAGCUCUUAAUCCAGACCCUUUAAUGUAUGGUUUAUUAGGCUUGGGCAUUUGGCGCUGGCAAAGACCCCCGUCAGCCUCAAACAAUACGUGCUCGUUGCUGUGUGCGUUUGUGUUGGGGUUAACAGAUCAUGUGCUUUUAUCAUAGAAUUACUCAAUAACAUAAUUAUUGUCGUGGGCAUCGAUUGAAAGGACAUUUUUCCCUCCACAGAUGUAAUUUCCUAUAUAAUGUGGUACAUUAGAGGAUGAAUUAAUUUUGACCCGAGUGGUGGUAAACAAACUGUGGAUUUCUGUGAACAGUGUGUUCGUCCAUGACAGACUGCUGUGCUGAUCUAUGAAUAAUAAUAAGAAUGAAUUAUUUUUAAGAAUGAUGCUGAUUAUUUUGUUUUUUUGACUGUCACAUUUAUUAUCAUCGUUGAACUUCAAAUUUAGCAAAGUGUACUGUGGGACCAGUGAUGGGAACCAAAAAGCUCUUGAUGAUAAAUUGGAAGUUUUGGACACUGGUGAUGAUACAGAGUAGUAGUCCAUGUUCACUUCUGUUCUCCUCAACUUAAGGAAUCUGUGAUGAUAUCUUCAAAUUAAACUAAAACUGCCUAAUAAUUUCACUCACCAAAAUGAGCAUCUAAUUUCUUUAGUUUCAUCAACCAUAGGAGCCGAUAUAUGAAGGAUACAAGUGUUAUGAUAUUUGGUCUACAAUAGGAAUCUCUUUUUUUAACUGUAAAGCUUUUAUCUCUAUUCUUGCAAUGGGCAUGCAGCAUAAUUGCACGAUGGGUGCAUUUGUGUGGGUGUAUUUGUUUAUUAUCUGCUUGUCCUUUAUGGACUUCUAUGCUGCUCAGCUCCUGUUAUUGUACCCAUUGGUGUGAAUGUACCAUAAUGAAUCAUCGCUGGUCUAAAAUACCCCUUUCCUGGUCUGUGUUGGGAAAGUUUCCUGUUAGUACUCACCUGUCCCCCCCCCCCCCCCCUUCUUGUUUUUUUAACACAGCAAACAAAAAGAGCUCUUGAACCCAAUGUACUUUCACUGUUCAUUUUUUCAAAAAGUGAUCUGGAUUGCUUCAUUGAUAAACAGGGGUGUUUUUUGUCUGAAAGUCCCAGGUUUAAAACACACAUGAUGGACCUGUACCGGACAAACGUGCACAUUUACUGUUUAUUCAUCUUAUGCAAGUAUUUGUGGAUAUUUCGGCAAUUCUGGAGUUUAUUGAAUCUCAGGAGUGCAGUUAUCGUAAUUUAAGAUAGUUGACUAACCUGUGUUGCUUUUCUCUACUCUUAAUUCCUUUGGUGUUCCUAACUGAAGCUUUACUAGCAACUGGCUUAUUGUGUUGUUAAUUGAAUAUUAAAGUUAUGCCUCUUCAUAUUGAAACAAACCUGCUCUGGCUGGUGUUAUUAAAAAAACACAUUAAAGUAUAAAUCAAUUAUGUAGAUGACCAUGACCCCUCUUCUUAUAAAACCUUAAGAUUUGCUAGACAUUUCCAUCUUAUCACGUUGUUCUGAUAUUCAUGAUAACCAGCAAAUUAAUUGUGCUUACGCAUGUUUUUCACUCAAUAAAACUUAAGAUGAGAAAACGUAUACAAUGUAUCCCAUAUAGGUGGGUGGAGAUGUAUUCAUGUGUAAACAGUGAGGAAAUCAGUGUCCCCUAUCAAAAUGGGCUUUUACCAGAGCAAAGCUUUAUUAUAUAGCUGUACAGUACAUUUUCUUUGCAUCAUACAUACAUAAAUGCAUUUUCUACAC